AUGGCAGCACCAGGAGAAAACUAUCGUCUAGCCUUCCCACCUAGUACCAAACCCCACAUCUCAACCGGAAUUCCCUUUCCAGCAGCAUGUGCUCACCACAUCACCAACACCUUCAAAGCCUCCAAGGUGUACAUCAUCGUCUCCAAUUCCAUCUCCAAGACGUCCAAUUUCACGGAUCUGGAAAAUGCACUGGGUGAUAAAGUGGUGGGGGUGAGGAAGGGUAUCAAGCCCCACACGCCGUGGGAUGAUGUAUUGGAGAUUGUCGCGGAGGUUAGGGAGAAGGGUGUGGAUGUUAUUGUCACGCUUGGGGCGGGCAGUUUGACUGAUGGGGCGAAGGUUGUUGCUUUUGUGAGUUUUCGUUUCUUUUCUUUUUUGAAUCGAGUGUUUAUUCUUUUGAGGAUGUCUUUGAAUGUUUUUGAGAGUGAGUACUGAGACGAGGAUAGGCAUUGGCAAACAACGUCUCAACAACCGACGACCUCGCCAAACUCCCCGGCGCUGCCAAAACACCCAACUUGAAUCCUCCAACUCUCCCAAUCAUCAACAUCCCCACCUCCCUCUCGGGCGGGGAAUACAGUCCCUUCGCGGGCGCCACCGAUCUCCGAACCCACCACAAAGCAUCCUUCUCCCACCCCCAAAUGGGCGCCGACCUCAUCAUCCUCGAUCCCCGGCUCUCCAUCUCGACACCGGCCCAGAUCUGGCUAUCGACUGGCAUCCGAGCCGUCGACCACUGUGUCGAAGGUCUCUGCUCCCUCGAUGCAAAUGUAAGUCCCGCCACGGACGCGAGUUUCGCGGCCGGUCUCAAACUGCUCGUGCCCAACCUCCUGAUCACGAAGAAGGAGUGGGAGAAUGAGGAGGCGAGGCUCGGCGAGAUGCUGGGGAUUGUCAAGGCCAUGGGUCCGCUUUUGGGAAGUACGGUCAUUCCUAUGGGUGCUAGUCAUGGGAUUGGGCAUCAGCUUGGUCCCUUGGGCGUGGGUCAUGGGGAGACGAGCUGUAUUUUGCUUCCGGCGGUGCUGAAGUGGAAUUUUAAGAAUGGUGAUGAGGCGGUUAGGAAGGCGCAGAGGAAGGUCUUGGAUGUGCUUUGGGGGGAGGCGAGUGUGAGGGGGGUUUUGGAGAGGAGGGGGUUGAAGGAGGGAGUUGCGGAUGCGGGGGAUUGUGUGGGUGCUGUUGUGAAGGAGUUGGGGAUGCCGGCUAGUUUGAAAGAUGUGGGUGUGGGAAGGGAGAAGUUGAACGGGUUGGCGGUGAAUAGUUUGAAGGAUAGGUGGGUGCAGACUAAUCCUAUUCCGAUUUUGGAGAAGAAGCAGGUCCUGGAGGUUUUGGAGAUGGUUGUUGGGGAUGAGAAGUGA